AUUUAAUAAAACAAAUUGAUAACAAAUUCAGUAAAUUUAUCUUUUCUUUAAUAGAAUUAUUGUUUUAUUCCUUGACUUCAUCCAUGCCUAAUCAAUUUAUGAAACGCUGAAUUUAUGCUGAGGCCGUUUCUAUUAGAAAUAUAAUGGAACACACUGUGCACACCUGUGUUGACUGAAGAGAAUUGGCGGAUUUCGAAUGAAAUCUUGAAUUAUGAUCAGAAACAAUCACAAUCAUAAUCUGUUAUAAUUUAUAAUUAUGCUUUGAUCCUAACUUGAUAUAAUUUUGGUGAAAAAUUAAAACAUAUAUAACAUUAAAAAUGACUUCUCCCGGCGUUCUUUUACCAGUUGAUGUGAAUAUUGAAGAGGAUAGAUCUCCUGCCAGUAAAAGAGUAAAAUAUAGUAAUGAAAUUGAGAAUCUUCCUCAUUGGAGCUUAAGUAACGAAUUAGAACUUCAUGAAGAAAUCGAUCAAGGUGUGAAGAAAUUAGAACCGGAAUCCGAAAUUCAAGAAGAUGACACUAUAUUCAAGAAAGACAGGCCUGAAUUCAUAGAUGUUUCUUGUCAUUCAAUGAGCCCCGGAACUAGACAGAAACAAAUUGCUCUUCUUGAGUCGACACUCACAAAAGAUACCUUAGAAAGACUGAAUUUAGGAGAAUGGUCCACUGAAUCAGCUCCUUCCAUCCACUCAUGCCCAAAAAUUGAUUAUUUUGAAUUGCUGUCAGAUGAAGUAAUACUGCAGAUAUUUAUGUGGAUCCCUAAACGUCAUUUGAUGGAUGUUAGCUUAGCAUGUAAACGCUUCAGAAGACUGGUACAAGAUGAGAGUUUAUGGACUAGAAUGGAUGUAUCUAAUAGGAGGCUGGGAAAAGGCAUUUUGGGGCGAUUUUUGAGUAGUCAAGUUAUUGUACUGAGGUUAGCAAGAUCGGAGAUUCUUCAUCCACCGAUUCUUCCAAGUCAACCAGUCUUUUCACCAGAGUUCAAGUGUAGAUUGACAUUUUUGGACUUGAGUAUGGCUUCUAUCUCAACUGAAAGCCUUAUAGAUCUUUUCAAUAAAUGUACAAGGCUAAAAAAAUUGAGUUUAGAACAUGUACCCCUAAAUGAUGCGGUUUUGGAGGCUUUAGCUGGAAAUAAGGAUCUAGAAGUUAUAAAUUUUGCUAUGGCCACUGGAAUUGCUGUACCCGGAUUACAGUAUUUACUUAGGAAUUGUAGAAAAAUAAAAGAGUUGAAUAUAUCUUGGACAUAUCUGACACAGCCAACAAUUAAGUUUCUUUGCGGAAAUCUACCAUCUACAUUGGACCGGCUUAACUUAUCAGGCUGUAGAAAACUGAUGUGUGAUGCAGACAUUGCCGCUUUAGUUCAUAGUUGUCCCCGCUUGAGAGAGUUGGAUUUAUCUGACUGCACUGCCAUUACCGGAGAAGCUGUCAAACAAAUAACUGCAUUGGAGGAUCUCAAUUUCCUAGCACUAUCAAGGUGCUAUGCAAUUUGCCACCGAUCUUUGUUAAUACUGAAGAAAAUGCACUCUUUAUCAUACCUAGACAUUCAUGGUGGUUAUAUAGAUGAAGAAGAACUGAAUCAAGUGCAACAAGGACUUGGUGCUCGAGUGCAUAUAAACAAAUUCAAAUUCAGUUCUAUAGCCCGCCCUACAGUAGGUUUAAGAAGAUCGAGUAUUUGGAAUAUUCGUGUGAGGGAAUAACAGAAAAUGUUGAAAUGUGAUUUAGAUAUAAAAAAUAUAAAACUAAUAGAAUUGAGUUGAAGAGUUUUGGAUAUUUAUAACACUUUAUAGUGUAUGAAUUUUGUAUUUAUUUUGAACAUGAUACAAAUGAAAUAUAAUUUUUGUUGAAA